UCCGCACCCCCACCCUGAGUGUGAGCUCUGCUCCUCGGUGAGCCACUCGCCCCCUUGCACAAGAGCAUGAGCCCUCGUGCCCCUGUGGGGGAGGCCCCCUCCGAACCUCACACACCUGCUGCUCGCUCAGCGCUACGACUUCCUGCCGGGAGCUCAUUGCCCGCCGCAGCUUCCUGCCGGGGGGAGAGCGCGAGCAGCGUGGCGUGGGUGGCAGCGCCGGAGGAGCCAGCACCGGACGCGCCACGGCCCAGGUGUGAUGGAAGCCGUCUCUCUGACCGGGGUGCUCUGGGCCGUCGUGCUGGUUCUCCCGGCCGUGCUGGCCACGGCUCUCUGCAUCGGCUGCCGAGUCACCGGCUCCCCUGGAGCAGAGUGGGCCAGACCCCCCCUGCCCCCACCCCUAACGCUGCGCCCUGCUCUCUCACCAGCCCACGGAGCCCAGGCGGUCGGGGACUACGAGUAUAAACCCCCACCUUGCGUCCCCCCCAACAGCUUCAUGGUGCUGACCCGAGCCAACUAUCCCUCCAGGAACCAGAUCAAACAGCAACCGGUGGUGCCCGCUGAGCAGUUCCUGUCCAUCCCGCGAUCCCCACAGGCGCCCCAGAGCCGCCAAGUCUCCCUCAGCAGGACAGAGACCGACAAUGACAGCAUCCCCAGCUAUGAAAAUGAGGAGCGGCCCCGUGGGGAUGACGACGACAACGACUAUAACAACGAGAUCUACAUCCCCGGCUACGUGGAGGUGCUUCCUGACAGCGUCACCGAGACGUCCCCCACGGAGCUGGUCACCUCAGGGCCAGAGCUCAGGGACAGCGUGUCCUCAGUGGCAAUGGGGGAUGAGUACGAGAACAUGCCGGAGGCCCAGAGGGAGUCGCUGGCUGACAGCCUGGAGUACGUCAACAUGCCAGAGCCUGGAUCCAGCCUCCCUGACGCCCACUACGGCGCCAGCGACCGCGAGAGCGAGGAUGAUGGCCCUGACUAUGAGAACCUGAACCGCUGAGCACGAGGCAGACCCCCAGCUCUGGAGAGUGACACCCCUCCCCCGCGGGGAACCUGCCUUCGAGGAGCGAACCAACAGCUGGAUGAGCCCCCAGGAACCUUGCCAUGGGGGGCCUGAAAAACUCUCCCUGCUGGCCCCACCUCUGCACCCUAUAUCCUGAGAAACCACCUGUGAAAGCCCCACUUGGGGGCUCCGUCUGCCCCCCAGGCUCCCCUCCCCCUGGCCACCAUCGUUAAUUUAUUGCCCUUCCCCCAGUCAAUGCUGGUUCUGCACCUUUUCUGACAUAGCCUGAGAAUUUCCCAGCAUCCUUUGAGGUCUCCCCCCCAUGUCCCCCUCCCCUGGGGGGCAGCCUUGGCCCCCAGAUACCAUGGGGGGUGCAGUCAUGUGGGUUGCACUGGGAGCCCCCCUCCCUCUGCUGCGCUGAGCGACCCCAGCGAGUCCAGUCGUUGAAUAAAGCCGUAGGUGCCGCCUG